UCUAAGAAACAGAUGAUGGAGCGUAUGAGAGAAGUUACUGCAGGGAUCAAUGUGGAGGAGUUACAUCCUAAGGAAAGGGCUGACUUUGUAUUGAUUAAAGAUAUCAAAUUGCUUCAUCAUAUUGGAGAUAUUGUGACCUACUCAUCUACUGCACUAGAGCAGUGUAGAGUGAAGAAAGUUGGUUGCUUUGAACGUCUUCCAAAAGAGAAGAGCAUUUCAUUUUCACUAUCAAUAGAGGCACCGGAUUCAUCUCUUUUGUCUGUUCCCCUCUCCUCUCUCAGGUGUAGUCUAGUACCAGUUCGUAAAGGUGAUCAACUCAUUCACACUAUAGUCACUACCACCAGCACUAAUCCUGGAGUGUAUAGGAUACAGUGUAGCCUUUCAACCAGUGGUACUCACAUGAUCAAAGUACAAGUAUAUAAUGUACAAACUGAGGAUGUCUCACUAGUUGUCCCUAUCAAUCCUUACCUUAAGAACAUUGCUCCUUUACAUAUUAUAGAUGAGCUAAAUGGUCCCUGGGGAGUUGCUGUAAGUAAUAAUGGUAAUCGUAUUAUAGUAACUGAGAAUCUUGGUCAGUGUAUAACAAUACUGGACAGAGAAGGAAAGAAAGUGAAAUCAUUAGGAGGGAAAGGAGGAAGUGGUAAUGUCAAGUUGUCUUUUCCUCGCGGUUUAGCCAUUACUCCAGACAACUUUAUUCUUGUGUCUGAUGAUCACAGGAUCCAGAAGAUAAGCAUGGAUGGAUACUUUGUAGCAUCUGUUGGUGAGAAUGGCAGCGAAUCACUACAAUUUAAGGCUCCCCGUAGUAUGGCCAUUUCUCCAAUAACAGGGCAGGUUUAUAUUGCUGAUAGGGAUAAUCAUCGUAUUCAAGUCUUGAAUCCUGAUCUAACCUUCUCUCAUUCAUUUGGUAAGAUAGGAUCAGCUGAUGGACAGUUUUUGUUUCCACUAGGCAUUGCUAUUGACAGUCAAGGAUUUGUAUAUGUUUCUGACUUUGGUUGCCAUCGUAUUCAAAAGUUCUUCUCAGAUGGAAGUUUUUUGGCCCAGUUUGGUACUGAAGGACCUGGUCCUGGUCAGCUUAACAGUCCAUUUGGUAUAGCAAUAGACACUGCAGCUACUGGUCUAGUGUAUGUUAGUGAAUAUGGCAAUCACCGUAUUUCAGUCUUCACUGGUGAAGGUGUAUUUAUUAGUAGAUUUGAAAGUCAAGGCAGUAAAGUUGAUUCUCCUUGUGGAUUAACAUUUGAUAAAGAUGGAUUCUUGUAUGUUUGCGAUUUUAGUAAUAACCAACUUAUUGUUCAUUAAUAUUUGAAUAAUUGGUGAUAGUUUUAUUUAUAAGUUUUUGUUUUAAUAUUAAAUUUUU